AAACGAGCUUCACUGUUAGCGUUGUCUGCUUUGCUGCUCCUCUUCACUACAGUUUUUUCUUGUGCUCUCCGAUUGGCUCCGAUGGGUACACAAGAAGAUGAAGGCGGCGUCUCGUCUCUACAGGAGGCUCUCUUGACCUUGGACCAAGACGCCUCGGUGCUAUCAACCAUUGCGGUGGCUGUUGCGGCGCUGUCAUGCGAGGCGUCGGAAGCCGGGUUACAGUCCUUUGAUUUGACAGAUUCUGGCGAUGGGAGUUUGGCGAAGGAAGACGUCGGAGUGGCCUCAGACAUUAAGACCAUGGUGAAUGGUUCCAAGUUGGUUGUUUAUGCUAAAGGUAGUAAAAAACCCGAACUUGAAUCCAUUACGAAGAUCCCUGUAAUUAUUGGGAAUUUUCGGGAGGCUGUGAAGAAUCUUCAUUCUGUUAUUCGGGUAGUGUUGAAUGCCGGGAAGAAGGUUGGGGGGAAGGCGUUGCUUUUGGGGUUUGAGCUUCGGAAGUUGGGGGAGAGCAGCUGGGAUAGGGCGAGGUCGAAUUUGGACUCAGCAAAUUGGUCUGAUGAGAAGGGUAUGUUCGAGAAAGAUUGUCCUAGUGGGGAAAGUUUAAGAAAUGGGGUGAAGUUGGCUAUGGAAGCGGAUCUUGAUGAGGAUUAUGUGAGGUUGCUGGGUGAGGUGAAUGUAGUGCUGAAAAUUGUGUGGAAAAUAGUGGCGUGGGAAGCAGUGACAGCUUUUGUUGCGCUUGAGGGUGUAGAAUGGUUGAAUGAGAAGGAUGCGGAAGUGGUUGAGUCUGAUGGAGGAGACGUGAAAUCAGAGAAGAAAGAGAAGAAAAAGAAGAAGAAGGUGGUGUUGGGGAAAGGUACUGGUGUUCUGGUGGAAAUGAUAAAAGAUUGGUUGAUGGCUAAGAGAGCAGGUGCCCAGGAUAAUUCUGGGUUGUUGGAGAGUUUGGCAGAGGAUCUUCCAUUGUUGUUGGAUCCAAAAGGCUCAGAGUUCGAUAAGUUAUUGCAGAAGGUAAAGGAUAUUUUGGAGAGCAAUGAAAGUAGAAGAAUCCCCAAGACACCAAAGGGUACCCGAGAUUUUGCUAAGGAGCAAAUGGUUGUGAGAAAGAAAGCAUUUUCAACUAUUACAAACAUUUUUGAGAAGCAUUGUGCCACUGCCCUGGAUACACCCGCAUUUGAAUUGAGGGAGACUCUCAUGGGAAAGUAUGGGGAGGAUUCAAAGUUGGUUUAUGAUCUUGCUGAUCAGGGUGGGGAGCUUUGUUGCCUACGUUACGACUUGACUGUUCCAUUUGCUAGAUAUGUGGCUAUGAAUGGUCUUUCAUCAUUUAAAAGAUACCAUAUAGAUAAGGUGUGGAGAAGAGAUAAUCCAUCUAAAGGGCGAUAUCGAGAAUUUUACCAAUCCUCUGUAAACCCAGUGAAAUUGUGUACAUCUCUAUCCUUAAUGGAUUCAUUUCCUCAAAACUUCUUGGAGCAAGCUCCAUUUAAGCACAUUUUAAAUGUUUUCACUUACAUAAGAGUUGAACAAAAGGGGUUAUCUGUUGAGACGGCAGACAAAAUUGGUACUUUUGUGAAGAUAAGGGGACCUCCUUUGGAAUUGCUAUCUAAACUUACAGAACAGGAAGGAAAUGAGGCUAGUGAGCUUCUCAAACAUGAUGCAUCUAAAGAAGCUCUCAGUGACUUGAUGAUUCUGUUUGAUGCGUUGAAGACAUCAAGGUGCAUAAACAAAGUGGUUUUUGACUUGAGUCUUGCCAGAGGUCUUGAUUAUUAUACGGGAGUUGUAUUUGAAGCUUCUUUCAAAGGAGGGGUGCAGGUGGGUUCAAUUGGUGCUGGUGGACGCUAUGACAAUCUGGUAGGAAUUUUUGGUAAUAAGCAGGUUCCAGCAGUUGGCAUGAGUCUUGGAAUUGAGCGAGUAUUGACUAUAAUGGAAGAGAAAGCUCAGAUAGAUAAGAGCCAGACAACACAAUCCACAGAAACUCAGGUGCUGGUUGCUGUUCUUGAUCUUGAACUCAGUGUGGCUGCAGAGCUGGUUAGCAAGCUGUGGGAUGCCAAUAUCAAGGCAGAAUUCAAGAUCCAUAAAAGGGUGGCAAAGCACAUAGAAUAUGCUAAAGAAUCAAAGAUCCCUUGGAUGGUACUUGUUGGUGAAAGAGAGCUGAAUGAAGGGAUUGUAAAAUUGAAGAACUUUCAGACUGGGGGCUUUAAUGAGGAGGUAAUCCCUACAAGUAAAGUUGCUGAGGAACUACUGUCACGGUUGAACUCCUCGAAAUGACAUUUUAACAGACUUACAAUCCAAGUUCGUUCUUCUAGUCUAACAAAUAUAUAGGUUCUUAUAUUUUUAUUACGAACAUAGGUGUAAAAGGUGAAUUUCAGUUGAUCCAUUACCUGGAAGAUGGCUUUGUUUUUUUUCGUUUUCGCAUGCAAUAUGUUUUGUAAGUGGAUGACAUGAGCUCCUGUGUUGCUUUUUGUUUCUAAUGGUAAAGGAGGAGGAAGUAAAUUAUUAUUAUUAAU